AACUUCAACCGGACGAUCUGUUGUUUUCGUUUUGUGCGGGAGGGGGGUUGAGCCCUACCGGCUCGAGUUUACAAAUAAUGUUUCUGUCCCUCUCCGUGUGUUUAUAUCUGCUUUAACCAAAUGAAUGCAGCGGGGGGGAUGGCGUAGGACAGACGCAAUAGUUUAUCAGUCAGUCUGUUGGAUUAUUUCAGGGUUUGGAACAGAAAUGGAUACGCGGGUGUCGGAGCUGUUCGGGACCGUUUCCACACAGAAGUCCAGCUCUCAGGGAGCGAGUAAUGGGGCUGGAGUGACUGCCAGCAGAAAAUCAACCUCGAAAAAUGGCAAAAAGUUUAAAAACCGGUCAGCCCGGUACCCCAAAUCCAGCAAUAACCCGCCUUAUCUACCUCCAGAGGAACAACUCCUGUCUUUUGUUGCAGGUUGAAGAGGGAAACAUUGAGUACAAGCUGAAGCUGGUAAACCCUACACAGUACCGCUUUGAGCACCUGGCCACACAGAUGAAGUGGAGGUUACAGGAGGGCCGAGGGGAGGCAGUGUAUCAGAUCGGUGUGGAGGACAACGGGCUGCUGGUGGGCCUGUCAGAGGACGAUAUGAGAGCUUCACUCAAAACACUCCACAGGAUGGCUGAGAAGGUGGGUGCUGACAUCACAGUUCUCAGGGAGAGGGAGGUGGAUUAUGACUCUGACGAACCGCACAGAAUAGCUGAAGUCCUCAUCAGGAAAGUGCCAGAUGAUCAGCAGUUCCUGGACCUGCGUGUAGCUGUGUUGGGUAACGUGGACUCAGGGAAGUCCACUCUGCUUGGUGUUCUUACUCAGGGAGAGCUGGACAAUGGCAGAGGACGGGCACAACUCAACCUCUUUAGACACCUGCAUGAAAUCCAGACAGGAAGAACCUCCAGCAUCAGCAUUGAGAUAUUGGGCUUUGACAGCAAAGGAGAGGUGGUGAACUACAGUGAGUCCCGAACAGCAGAGGAGAUCUGUGAGAGUGCCUCAAAAAUGAUCACCUUCAUUGACCUGGCUGGCCACCACAAAUACCUGAAGACCACCAUCUUUGGCUUAACCAGCUACUGUCCAGACUUUGCCAUGCUUGUCGUCAGUGCAAACACUGGCAUCGCGGGUACGACACGGGAGCACUUGGGUCUGGCCAUGGCAUUGAAGGUGCCCAUCUACAUUGUGGUGAGUAAGGUGGACCUUUGCACUAAGGGCACAGUGGAGCGCACUGUCCGACAGCUGGAGCGCAUCCUCAAACAGCCUGGCUGCAACAAAGUGCCCAUGCUAGUGUCCACUACAGAUGAUGCCGUCACUGCUGCCCAGAAGUUCGCCCAGUCGCCCAGCAUCACGCCGAUCUUCACCCUGUCCAGCGUGUCAGGUGAGAGUCUGGAUUUGCUGAAGGUCUUCUUUAAUAUUCUACCUCCCCUCAGCAACAGCAAGGAACAAGAGGAACUCAUGCAACAGCUCACUGAGUUUCAGAUUGAUGAGAUCUAUACAGUGCCAGAUGUUGGAACAGUAGUCGGCGGAACUCUCUUCAGUGGGAUCUGCCGUGAGGGGGAGCAGCUGGUGGUUGGACCCACAGAUGAUGGGCAGUUUCGGGAGCUGACGGUGUGCAGUAUCCAGAGGAACCGCUCAGGAUGCAGGGUGCUCAGAGCUGGCCAGGCAGCUACUUUGGCACUGGGAGAUUUCGACCGGUCACUCUUACGAAAGGGCAUGGUGAUGGUUAGCCCAGAGAUGAACCCCACUAUCUGCUGGAGCUUUGAGGCAGAAAUCGUUUUACUGUUCCAUGCUAAAACUUUCCAUAAGGGCUUCCAGGUCACUGUCCAUGUGGGCAACGUCAGACAGACGGCCACAGUUGAGGCUCUGCAAGGAAAGGAUGAGCUCCGCACUGGUGAGAAAGCUGUGGUACGAUUCAAGUUCAUCAAACACCCAGAGUACUUGAAGGUGGGUUCUAAGCUGCUCUUCAGAGAGGGAGUCACCAAAGGCAUUGGGCAGGUCACCAAACUACAGCCUGUGUCUCAGUACCAGCACCAUCUUUGAUACAGAAGAACCCUGUACUCAUCCACCACCAUCUCUCUCUCCACACCUGUCCACGCUUUCUUCUUCUCUCUGUUCCAUUCAUUCACAUUUGAGUUCAUGGUCUCAUCGAUUGACUCUUUUCAUGUCAUAACACAGCUGUCACCAUAAUAGAGUUUUAUUCAUCCACUUGGAGAUUCAGGUGUCUUUUAAAUGUGUCGUAUUCUGAUUAACUCCAAAUGGGCCGUUUACAGUCAUUCAAAUGUUCUCCUUAUUUUAAACAUCUUUCUUUUAAUAUUGAGAUGGCACUGAACGUUUGUACUUGUGCAGCCCUUUUAAAGUCCUGAACCAUUUAUUAUUUAAUAACCAAAGGAUAGAGAGAUUGUGAAUUUAAAUAUGGCUGCCAAAGACUUUCAAGUUGUUUUGUUUUGUUUUAAUCUAACAUUUUUAUUGCUGAUGUCAAUGAAGAAUUUUUUCUUCCUAUGGCAGCUACUGAUCUUACAGAGUUUCAGCUAAACAACUGACCUGCAAACUCUUCUCUACCAAAUGCCAGAAACAAUCUGCACAUCUCUGAUAUCUUUUAUUUAUGUAUUGUUUUGUAAAAAGGGCUUUUUACUGAUGUGGCAUUGUCAAGCUUGAAAGGCACCCUCAUGCCAUCCCAGAUGUGUGUGACUUUCUUUCAUCUGCAGAACACAAAUGAAGAAUAUCUCAGAUCUGUAGGUCCAUACAUUGCAAGUGAAUGGUGACCAGAACUUUGAAGCUCCAAAAAGGACAUAAAGGCAGCAUAAAAGUAGUCUACAUGCAACAUCAAUGGUUUAAUCCAUGUCUUCUGAAGCGAUUUGAUGAGGUGUGGUUGAGAAACAAAUCAAUAUUUGAGUCCUUUUUAUUAUAAAUAUCCACCUCUGACUAGCCCAACUAGUAGCUGGUGAUAUGCAUGAAGGCGGAGAAUCGCCAAAACAAAAGAAGAAUGUGUAAGUGAAAUUGGAGAUUUAUAGUGAAAAAGGGCUUAAAUAUUGAUCUGUUUCUCAACCACACCUAUCAUAUAAUUUUUCAAGAUAUUAAUUUAACCACUGGAGUCUUGUGGAUUACUUUUAUGCUGAGUUUAUGUGCUUUUUAGAGCUUCAAAGUUCUGGCCACCAUUCACUUGCAUUGUUUGGACCUACUCAGCUGAUAUAUUCUUCUAAAAAAUUUCAUUUGUGUUCUGCAGAAGAAAAGGUCAAACACAUCUUGGAUGGCAUGAGGGUGAGAGAAUUUUCAUUUUUGGGAGAACUAUCCCUUUAACAGUAUAGACCAUUCUCUGCUAUGCACCAUUAAAGAGAUAGUUCACCCAAAAAACUUAAUUUCUGAUGAGUAAACGAUGAUAGUAUUUUCACUUUUGGGUGAACUGUCCCUUUUAGGUUGAUGUAAAUGUGCUGCCUUACCACCAAGUGUUCCUAUUUUCUGUCACCAAUGCUGCUGCAAAUAUCAAAGAUGUAAGUUGUUAUUCCUUACAUGAUAAUAGCUUUUAAUGAACGACAUGUUUCUCUGCCUACACUCAAGUGCUUUAGUAGCUCAGGAAAGCUCGACUUAUUACAGAAUGCAUUCCAUAUACACGGUAGUACACCCGGAUGUUGGAACAGGACAAUUGAUCGCACAAAUGUUAAGUGCGAGGAUUCAGAAACUCAUCACUUUGACCUUUGGAUGAAUUAUGCAAAGGAGUCUUUCAUUUCUGCUCUGUUGCGUUUGUUAUUGGCCUUUUAGUUUUUUUCUCCAUUAGGUUACUGGUUUCACAUUGUUCUAGCUUUUUGAGUUUGUUUUAUUGCACCUCAAAGUUUCCUGAAGUUUGGUGCUAACAUUUUUGGCUUGCAUGUUUUAAAACUUAGAUAAUGAAAGAGGGUUGACUGAGUUGUUAGUUGGUUCUUGACUAAGAUCUGUCCUGUAAUCACUGCAUGCAUGUUUGGACACACUGACUGUUUCACAUAUUUCACUGUUCUGUGUUUCCUGUACAAUUUUAGAGGAAGAAAAAACAAAUUUAUAAAGAAUGUGUAACAGUAAAAUUCAUUGAACAUCUACUGGAUAAUGUUCUAGUUACAUCACUUUGUAAUAAUCUCUCUUUUGUAUUGGCAUAUCAUUUCACACCAUGUCAAUUUUCUGGCUUUUUUCAAAAUAUUUUAAAAAUAUUUUAGCCUUACCUUUUGGUGAAUUGGAGUAUUUAUGUACAAAUUUGUCUGUAUAUUAAGGUGUACAUAAAUAAAAAGUUUUAUUAUAGUUUA